CCCAGAACGAAUUGUUAGGUGAGUUUAUUAGCUUAGAUCUACUCGAAAGGCCUGUCCUUUACUGGACCGCACUUAUAUAGUAGUGCGUAGUCCUAUAUAGGAUAUACCCAGAAGCAUAAGUGCUUAUUUCCUAUUGUGCAAUUCAUUCGUCCUUUUGAGUUGCACAUACUCCAUAUAGAGGCGGCACAUCCUUCAAAUGAAUUUUAGAAAAGAUCCUACUUGGAAGGAAAGAAUCCACUUUUCAUGUAUGCAUUCAAUUCCUGCAUUACUCUUGUACUUUGAUCCCGUGUCUUCUGACACGGAAGGUUUCUGGAAACUCUUACUGCGAGGUCGUCAGUCCGCUACUCCUUUCCCUAAAGAUCGCAUUUUUCAACAUCACCAGGGCUGAGCUACUGAGCAUGGAUCCUCGGCAGCGGCUGUUGCUAGAGAAUGUUUACCAUGCACUCGAGAAUGCUGGGGUCCGCCUCGACCAAGUAGCUUCCUCGAGGACGUCAGUGUUUGUGGGCAGGAUCAUCGCAUGACCAUCUGACCUCUUUCAACACUGAUCCUGGAACUACGUGUAAUCACCAGGCGAUUGGUAU